UCGGACCCUGCCGCUCCCCUUUCUCGCUUUCCCGGCGAAGUCAGACAUCGCUCCACGGCAACGAUGAAGCUCUGCGGGACUUUCCUCGAAAAUGAGUUUCGGGGUGAGCUGCUGAACCAGAGGUGGACCUGUGGAGAGAAGAUCAGCAGCUGCGAGGGAGCCACCAGCCUGCACGGCACGUGCAUCAAGAUGAGUUUAGAAAAUGAUGAUAAGAGAGCACGCACGCGAUCGAAGUCCGUCAGAGUGCCCACGGAGCUCAUCAGCCAGGAGGUGAGCUGUCCAACCCCAGGCUGUAACGGCUCAGGACACAUCCGUGGAAAGUAUGCAAGACACAGAAGUCUGCAGAGCUGCCCUCUAGCAAAGAAGAGGAAACUUCAAGAUGCGGAGGCCGAGCACCUGGUGUCGAAGCGCAAAUCCCACCCGCUCAAGCUGGCCUUGGAUGAAGGCUACAACGUCGACAGUGACGGCAGCGAGGAGGCCGAGGUGAAGGAGGAGUCUGGCUCCGAGGAGUCAGAGGGAACGCUGGAGGAGGAUGAGGCGGAGGUGGUGGAGCAGGAGGAGACCCACAGCCCCGAGCCGGCAGAAGAGAGAAGCCCAGCAAAAUCAGCCCAUUAUGGACAAAAACCAGCAACAAGUACGUCUGGGCCCAGCAAGGCCAACUAUAGCAACUACCAAGAAAUAAUCGCCAACUCUCUCCUAAACCUAGGCCAAAUAGCAGAGGAAACCCUCGCCAUUGAAGGGCAGCUGCCUGAAGCUGAGCUGCAGGUGUCCAAGCCUCCAUCCAACGUUGUGCACCUGGUUCAUGAGGAUGCAGGAGAGGAGAUCGUGGAGGAGUGUGACAAGGAGAUUAUCAUCCAGACUGAGGAUGCAGAGGAAGUCAUCGAGGUCACUAGUGAACGUAGCAGUGAGUUGUGUCCGGAGCACCAGGACGACAUGAACUGUGAAGAGUCCUGCAAGCUGCAGAAGGCCAUGCAAGCUGAAGCAGAGGAAGAGGAUGAGGAGGAUGAAGAUGAGGAAGAAGAUGAAGAUGAGGAAGAGGAAGAAGAAGAAGAAGAGGAGGAGGAGGAGGAGGAAGAAGAGGAAGAGGAGGAAGAAAUGGCUCCCGAAGUGAUCUGUGAAGAAGCUCCUCAUGCUUCUCAGGACACGCAGAAAAGUCACUGUGAAGGGCAGUUCAGCCCUAAGCCCGAGUACUCUGUCAUCGUGGAGGUCCGGUCGGAUGAUGACAAAGAUGAUGAUGCCCACUCCCAGAAGUCAGCGGUGACCGACGAGUCAGAAAUGUAUGACAUGAUGACGAGGGGGAACCUGGGGCUUCUGGAACAAGCCAUUGCGCUGAAGGCUGAGCAGGUGAAAAUCGUGAGGGAGCCCAGCCGGCUGCCAGGAGAGCACGUAAAGCACUUCCAGGUCGAUGAGAAGCAGAGCAAACCAUUGGACAGCAUCCGAAAGAGCUACUAUGGCAAAGAUCCCUCAAGACCUGAGAAGCGAGAAAUCAAAUGUCCAACGCCUGGCUGUGAUGGGACUGGCCAUGUCACAGGGCUCUACCCUCACCACCGCAGCCUUUCUGGCUGUCCGCACAAAGACAGGAUCCCCCCUGAGAUCUUGGCGAUGCACGAGAACGUGUUGAAAUGCCCCACGCCAGGCUGCACAGGACAGGGUCACGUCAACAGCAACCGCAACACGCACAGGAGUUUAUCUGGGUGCCCCAUUGCUGCUGCUGAAAAAUUAGCCAAAUCACAUGAAAAGCAACAAACCCAGUCUGGUGAUCCUUCAAAGCCCAGCUCCAACUCUGACCGGAUCCUCAGGCCUAUGUGCUUUGUGAAGCAGCUGGAGAUCCCUCAGUACGGAAGCUACCGGCCCAACAUGGUCCCAGCCACCCCCCGGGCCAACCUGGCCAAGGAGCUGGAGAAGUACUCCAAGGUCACCUUCGAUUAUGCAAGUUUUGAUGCUCAGGUUUUUGGCAAACGCAUGCUUGCCCCAAAGAUUCAGACUAGCGAAACCUCACCUAAAGCCUUUAAAUCCAAACCUUUUCCAAAGGCCUCUUCCCCCAGCCACAGCCCCUCCAGCAGUUACGUGAAGAGCACUUCAUCUUCCUCCACAGGCUUCGACUACUCCCACGACGCUGAGGCUGCUCACAUGGCUGCCACCGCCAUCCUCAACCUCUCCACGCGCUGUUGGGAAAUGCCAGAGAAUCUCAGCACCAAGCAGCAAGAGGCACCCGGCAAGUCCAUGGACAUUGAGGUGGAUGAAAAUGGGACUCUGGACUUGAGUAUGAACAAGAACCGCAAGCGGGAGAGCACAUUUCCCAGCAGCAGCAGCUGCAGCAGUAGUCCCAGCGUGAAGUCCCCAGAUGUGUCCCAACGCCAAAACAGCACCAGUGCCACGAGCAGCACCAUGACCUCCCCCCAGUCCAGCCAGACCUCCCGCCAGGAUGAAUGGGAUGGACCCAUUGACUACACUAAACCAAACCGUCAGCGGGAAGAAGAGCCAGAAGAGCAAGAAGUGUCCGAGGAAAACUUUGAAGAAAGAAAAUAUCCAGGGGAAGUUACCUUAACUAACUUCAAGCUUAAAUUCCUCUCCAAGGACAUCAAGAAAGAGCUGCUCACUUGCCCUACCCCAGGCUGUGAUGGCAGUGGACACAUCACGGGAAACUAUGCCUCUCACCGCAGCCUUUCUGGUUGUCCUCUUGCUGACAAGAGCCUCAGAAACCUCAUGGCUGCCCACUCUGCUGACCUCAAGUGCCCUACUCCUGGCUGUGACGGCUCUGGUCACAUAACAGGAAAUUAUGCAUCACACAGAAGUCUGUCAGGCUGCCCUCGUGCCAAGAAAAGUGGGAUCAAGAUAACCCCGACCAAGGACGAUAAAGAAGACCCGGAGCUGAUGAAGUGUCCGGUUCCUGGCUGCGUUGGUCUUGGGCACAUCAGUGGUAAAUACGCCUCCCACCGCAGUGCAUCGGGCUGCCCCCUGGCUGCUCGAAGGCAGAAGGAAGGAUCCCUCAAUGGCUCCUCAUUUUCCUGGAAAUCACUGAAAAAUGAAGGCCCAACCUGCCCUACCCCAGGCUGUGAUGGUUCCGGCCAUGCCAAUGGGAGCUUCCUCACUCACAGGAGUUUGUCAGGGUGCCCAAGAGCUACUUUUGCUGGGAAGAAAGGAAAACUCUCAGGGGAUGAAAUUCUCAACACAAAGUUCAAGACCAGUGAUGUUCUAGAGAACGAUGAGGAGAUCAAGCAGCUGAACAAGGAGAUCAGCGAGCUGAACGAGUCCAACUCGGAGAUGGAAGCAGCCAUGGUGAAGCUCCAGUCGCAGAUCUCCAGCAUGGAGAAGAACCUGAAGAACAUUGAAGAGGAAAACAAGAUCAUAGAGGAGCAAAACGAAGCCCUGUUCCUGGAGCUCUCAGGGUUGAGCCAGGCUCUAAUCCAAAGUCUUGCCAAUAUCCGCCUUCCGCACAUGGAGCCCAUUAGUGAGCAGAACUUCGAUGCGUACGUGAACACGCUGACUGACAUGUACACCAACCAGGAGUGCUACCAGAACCCAGAGAACAAGGACCUGCUGGAGAGCAUCAAGCAAGCCGUCAAGGGCAUCCAAGUUUAGUGCCCUGCGAUGGGGAUGGGUGGGCGAUGAGACUGUAAGAUGGAACUUUCCCUCCAAGUAUUCAGGUUUACAAGUUAUAAAACUUGUUUAAUGAAUGAAAAACAAAAAGCAAAGCAAAACAAACUAAAAAAACAAAAAACAAAAAAAACACACAAGGACCAAAAUGUAACCAAGAGGCCAUUUCUGAGACGUGGAACUGAUCGAACUCAGUGUUCUCGUUUACUUAACUUUGGACCUUCUUGAGAAAAGUGGGAUUUUUCUACCUGGACCAUGAGGUAGACCAGGAUGGAAGGUCAAAUUCUCCAUGGGCUGUGGGGCUUGGCAGCUGGUGAAGAGCAGGCGUCUCUCAUGAGUUGCCAUGCUUUUGCAGACUUGAUCCAAGGGUUAAAAUGUUACAAGAACAGGGUUUUGUCUGAUCCAAGACUAGCGUAUGACUGGCUUAAACCCUCAUGUUGUCUAUGGUCGUAUGUCCAGAUUACCUACUCACCCAUGAGUUAUGUUAUAUGUUGCUAUAAGUGCUGGAGCUGCAAGCUACCUGUAAAUCUGAA